AUAGUCGUAUGAAAUAAAAAGAAUUGAAAGUUUCUGUUUUAUUAAUUAACUUAAUUUAUAAGUUAUACUAGAUAAGUGGUAUUUGAAGGAAUCGCUUCCGUAAUGACUAUAGCUACAAAUAACAGUAUCCCGUAAAAACAGUCUGUUGUGUAUAAAUUGAAACUGUGUAAAGGUAUAUAAAGGUCUACAAAAUGACUCUCGCGGAAUUCUUUAGCUGUUCAUUGCUUGCGUUCGGCGCGCCCUUAGCAAUGUUCGCGCUGACCAUCGCCAACGACCCGGUGCGCAUCAUCAUCAUGAUAGCGGCAGCGUUUGCUUGGCUGCUCUCAUUUCUCGUGUCGUCUCUGGUAUGGUUCACCGUAGUGCCUCUACGAUCUCACCUUGCGUUUGGUAUGGUUUUUGCGGUUAUUAUUCAAGAGGCAUUCCGAUAUGGCACCUAUCGUCUACUGAGAAAAACUGAAGCAGGCUUGAAGGAGAUCUCGGAGAACCAUAACCUUAGCAGCAACAAAAUGGAGAUGGCUUAUGUUUCAGGACUCGGGUUUGGGACCAUGAGUGGAGCCUUUGCCCUGGUCAAUGUACUUGCUGAUUCUGUUGGUCCUGGAACAUUAGGUCUGUACAGUGGAACAGAAUUCUUCUUUGUCACGAGUGCAGCCAUGACACUCUGCAUGAUACUUCUUAAUACAUUCUGGAGCAUAAUCUUCUUCAGCGGACUGGAUGACAAAAACUACUUGAAGGUUACAUGGGUAAUAGGAUCUCAUUUUCUCGUGUCUGGACUGAGUUUAUUGAAUCGUAACCAGUGGUAUGCAGCAACAAUUCUACCAUCAUACUUAGUUUUAUUAGCAACUGCAGUAAUCGCCUUCAGAUCGGCAGGAGGUACCACAAAAGGUUUGAUGCAAACCCUCACUGCUAGGUCGUAAGUGAUAAUAUUAUAGAUAGUGUAAGAGUCAUCAUUUUUUGUUAUUUAU